UCCGUUUUCGUAUCUCCAGCUCUCAGCUAAUUCCGGUCUGCUAUAAAACGACUGCUUCUAACACUCAACGGUAUCGCUGCAUUCGAGUAUUCGACUCUGCAAAACUGAACGCCUCGUCUGAGCUGAAAACCUCACAUCGAAACAUCAACCAUGAAGGUAGUAAUCUCAUCGCUCAUGCUUCUGGCUCUGCUCCAGCUCGCCACUUGUGACUGCGAAAGCUCCGCUUCUGAAGCUCAGGAGUGUUUGAGGAACCUGGCGGUUUCUCCACUGCUCAAGGAUCUUGAUUCUGAGGCGGUAAGAACUGAAGCCGACAAGGAAAAAAUUGUAUGCUGUGGACUGAAAUAUAUCAGGACCUGCGUCGACUACUACCUCGGUAGAGAGUGCCCUGAGCUUGCUGCCGCAGCCAGCGCUUCUGCUCGCGAUGCCUUCCUGCAAGCUACGAGGUCUGCUACGACAUGCAUCGGUGUUUUGCCAACAAACUGCGAAGGGUUGUCGUCGCUCUUCAGUUUGUAAGCAACGGGUGUGUAGCUAUGGUUCACAUUAAGUAAACCUGCAGAAAAAUC